UUUUUUUUUCAGACGAAAGAUCUCUUGAUCUAGUCGAUCUCUUUGUCGGUGCCUUCCAUUAAUCUCCUCGACAAAUCCCUAAACUGCUGUGAAAUUUUCACUCAAAGGAUGAAAGAAGAUAGAUCUAUUGAUUACUUCUGGAGAUUUCAAAUAUAGUUUUGUAAUACGAAGACACUACAAUUGGAUAGAUAGAUCCCGUCUCCUGUUUAAUCACGAAGAAAAAGCCUCAGGUGGUUUCAGAUCGGAAAAGAAUCAGAUGACGUAUAACGGUGUUAAUGGUGUUGUGAAACUUCUGUUUCCUGAGCUCAAGGCUAGUGAUGUGUUUAUUGGCAUGGUUAAAACUAAGGCGGAAAGGUACACUAAGUAUGAUGGAUCUUACAAAAUGGAGAAGAUAUUGGAGUUUCUAGGCAAGAAAAAGUUUCCCUUGAUUACAAAAUCGAGUGAAAGCAAUACUGCUUGGGUUUAUUCCACUUCUGUUAAGCUUCAGGUUAUGAUCUUUGCCAAGGCUGAUGAUUUUCAGAGUAUGGCUCAGCCUCUUGAAGAUAUUGCAAGAAGGUUUAAAUCGAAGCUCAUGUUUAUAUACAUUGAUAUAACAAAUGAGAACCUUGCGAUGCCAUUCUUGACCUUGUUCGGAAUAGAGGAUGCGAACAAAACUGUUGUUGCUGCUUUCGAUAACAAACUCAACUCCAAGUAUUUGCUCGAGGCAGAUCCAUCACCAAGCAAUAUAGAAGAUGCAGUGCUAAAAGAGAAGUGUAAGAUUGACCUGUGUGUUGUGAGGAUCACUGGCUCAAGUAACAUGUUUGAGUAAGUCGGGAAUCAACUUAUCGAGAUGUAGUGAACUUAUGAAAGAAGAGGGAGAGUUGGCUGAUGCUGAUAUUGCAAGCUGUUACUACCACUGGUUGCUGCGAGGAAUCCAUGUUGUCACUACGACAUAGGACAGAUCUG